AUGGACCGAAGCGCUUUCCCGAAAGAUAUGGACACCACCGCCCCGCCAGCUGCGUUCGGACGCCCUCGAGCUUCUUCAACCCCCGUGUAUUCUACAUCAUCAGUCCAUGGGACGCACUAUAUAGAUAGGACCAGCGGCAAGCGCGUUUACAUAGACUUGAACCUCAAGACAUUCUCGAAGCCCAAGGGCGCAGAAUGGUACUCCCAUAUGUACGCCAAUGUCAACGCAGACAGGAUCGUAUGGCAGGGUACAUACGAAGAUAUCUAUCCCAGCUCGGACGAGAUCUCCUCGGCUGAGGGGUACGCACUUCUCUGCAGCUACAGCUUCAUGGACGAAGCAACGUCCACGAUUUCUGUCCCAGGAUCGCCGCCAACGUUCAAGAUGCCAAACCCUCGAGACUUUCCUCUCAAGAUUAUGCCCGACUUUGGCUACCAUUUUAGCGACGAGCAUGCAGAACGCGCUCCGCAACAACAAUACGAGCCCGCUUUCCAGGCCAUCGCGACGAUGAACCCUGACACCAGUUUCAACGACGUGGAUGUCGUGAUCAACCGCACUACGAUGUUGAAUCUGAUGAAGUGCGUCAAGAACGCUUCCUUCCAAGCGUUUCAUCUUGAUCUCGACUUCGAGAAGAACACUCUCUUUAUCGGAAGGAAAGUACGCAACGCAAAGGUUAGGUCCGCUGCCAACACCUACGGUCGUAACUUCGAAAGCGCCCUCACAGACUCCGAGAUUGACGGCGCAACGAGCCAUCAUCGCUUACUCAAGUACAAGCUUGGUAGCCUCACCAUAGUCGUACGCCAUGAGGUCGACGCAUACGACCCCACUAUCGAGUCGCGGCGAGACCCCGAUGCACCACCGAGUACUCUUCCUACCUUUGCCCCUGGUGAGCACGACGUCGGAACCAUUCAGCAUGAAGGCCCACAGAAGACUGCUAUCCUUGUCCAGGGUAAGGUGGUACCGCAAUACCAGAUCCUGGAGCUGAAAAGCAACGCAAGUUCGCGACCAAUCGAUCAGAUGUGGUUUGGCAGAACUCCUACUUGCUGUCUCGGCGGGAAACACAACGCGCACUUUGAUGGAACAUAUAGGCAAAAGGACAUCCGGAUAAAGGAAGUCACCCAAGCUGGCAGCAAGUCAGACAGCUUCAAAGGUUUCGAGAAGUGGGAGAAGGGCAACCAAGAGGCGCUACAGAAGGUUGUGACACUACUCCAGCUGUUGCGGAAGACCGUCGGGGAGGAUACUGAGCAUCAGUCUGCGGUGUUUGUAGCGAUGAGCAGUGACGAUAUCAAGGUAUAUGAGACGAAGGAGAGAAUUGGCGCACUGCCUAAAGAGAUUGUGGAGCGUUUCUGGGAUUAG